ACACUAUUGUGUGAACAUCCCAGAGUCUCUGCCUAAGCUGCUUCUUUCUGUCAAAUGGAACUCCAGAGACGAAGUUUCACAGAUGUACUGCCUGCUGAAAGAGUGGCCUCUGAUGGAGCCAGAGUCUGCUCUGGAGCUGCUGGACUGUAACUUUCCUGAUCUGGUGGUCCGGGAGUUUGCUCUGCGCUGCCUGGUUCAGGGGCUGACGGACGACAAGCUGUCCCAGUACCUGCUCCAGCUCGUCCAGGUACUGAAGUAUGAAAUGUAUCUGGAUAAUCCUCUGGCCCGAUUCUUAAUAAAGAAGGCCCUGACCAAUCAGAGGAUAGGACACUUCUUCUUCUGGCACCUGAAGUCAGAGAUGCACAACAAGACGGUUUCCAGAAGGUUCGGUUUGUUGCUGGAGGCUUUCUGCAGAGCCUGCGGCAUGUACCUGAAGCACCUGAACCGGCAGGCGAGUGGGACCCAGAUGAAGUUCCUGGUAGAACACAUGUCUCGCCCAGACUACAUGGAAGCUCUGCAAGGAUUCGUGUCUCCUCUGAACCCCGUCCACCAGCUAGGAAACCUCCGGCUGGAGGAGUGCCGGAUCAUGUCUUCGGCAAAGCGCCCCCUGUGGCUGAACUGGGAAAACCCCGACAUCAUGUCUGAGCUGCUCUUCACCAACAAUGAGAUCAUCUUUAAGAACGGGGAUGACCUGCGCCAGGACAUGUUGACCCUGCAGAUCAUUAAGAUCAUGGAGAGCAUCUGGCAGAACCAGGGCCUGGACCUGCGCAUGCUGCCAUACGGCUGCCUGUCCAUCGGGGACUGCGUGGGUCUGAUCGAGGUGGUGAAGAACAGCUUCACCAUCAUGCAGAUUCAGUGUAAAGGAGGCUUGAAGGGGGCGCUGCAGUUCAACUCCAACACGCUGCAUCACUGGAUCAAAGACAAGAACCGCGGAGAGGCGUAUGAUCGGGCCAUCGACCUGUUCACCAGGUCCUGUGCAGGUUAUUGUGUUGCAACCUUCAUCCUUGGAAUCGGAGACAGACACAACUCCAACAUCAUGGUGAAGGAGAACGGACAGCUCUUCCACAUUGACUUUGGCCACUUCCUGGACCACAAGAAGAAGAAGUUUGGCUACAAGAGGGAGCGGGUGCCUUUUGUGCUGACGCAGGACUUUCUCAUCGUCAUCAGUAAAGGGAUCCAGGAAUCCACCAAGACGAAAGAGUUUGAGAGGUUCCAGGAGAUGUGCUACAAAGCCUACCUGGCCAUCCGGCAGCACGCCAGUCUCUUCAUCAACCUGUUCUCCUUGCUGCUGGGCUGCGGCAUGCCCGAACUGCAGAGCUUUGAUGACAUAGGCUACCGGGGGGGAGAGCUGGGGGUGGGGGGGGGGGGGGGGAGGGUUGUGGGGAAGGGGGUGGAGAGCUCUGGGGAAGGGGAAAAGAGCCAACAGGAGGCACUAGAAUAUUUCACCAAGCAGAUGAACGAUGCCCACCACGGAGGGUGGAGCACCAAGAUGGACUGGAUCUUCCACACCAUCAGACACAUGCCCAACGAGCAC